AUGCCACAAUAGAACUAGAAAAGGAAAACUGAAACUUACAUUCUUCAGCUGUGUCAUCUCAGAACACUGUAGCUUAUUUUCAAUAUGACUUCCAGUGAAGAUUCAUCUGCAUCUUCUCAACAGACUGAAGAUAGUGGGAGUGAUUAUGAACUGGCUUAUGAAAGGACAGAUUUUGGUGCAUCAAGAGAAGGCUCCAGUGGUCUUAGGAAACAUCAAAAGCCAUGCAGGUAUUAUAAUCAUGGCUUCUGCAGGGAUGGGAAACGUUGUACCUAUCUACAUGUGUGUAAGUACUAUUUCAAAGGGCGCUGCAGAAAUGGUGAUGACUGUUCGCUUAGUCAUAGAAAUGUUUCUGAAUCUGCCUCCUCUGCCACAAGACUCAAGACAAAAACAGAAGGAAUUAAUUCUGAAAGGUCAUCAAAUAAGCAAUACCAGUGGCAGUUAAAGAAAAAUGAAUGGAUGAACAUUGAGCAUGAUUCGAUCAUUGAAACUCACUAUUCGCUGCCUUGGGCCAAGAGCAUUAAGCUAUUCAAUACACCCUAUGGAAAGCUCUUCAUUGACUUUAACAAAAUGGAGAUCCGUAAUAAAAGACUUCAAGUACGUCGCCAGUCAUUUGAGACCUCUGAGUCAGAAAAUGUCUGGUGCUGGUAUUACUACAGAAGCAAGCAGUGGACUGAAUAUGGAAAAAAGGAUUUACAAGGAAAAAGAAUACCUGUACAGAGUGCCGCUAUCGAAAGAAAGUAUCAAAAGAACAAGAAGGGAGCAUUUCGCUUUGAAGCAAGACAUUCUUCGUAUAAAAUCAGUUUUCAAGAAAUGAUACAAACUAAUACAAAAACAGGAAGUAAAAGGAAAGUCAGAAGACGUCCUAAGUUACUUGCAACCCCAGUACAGAGCUUGUCUACAAUGUUUGCCCACUUUCAUGUUGCUCCUUUAUCAACUGCUACAACUCCAAGGUCAGCAGUCUGGCAGUUCGAAGGGAAUACUGGGAAAUGGUACAACUUCAAACACAGGAGUGGCACUAACACUGAAUGCUCCAUUUCUAACAGCGAUAUUGAAAUAAAGUACCAAGGAAAUCCAGCAAGCACACUGGCCUUUACAGUUGGGGGCUUUCAGUACAAGUUAGAUUUUUCAGCUAUGCAGCAAACAAACCUCACCACUGGCACAACCCGCAGGAUACGUCGUGUUGAAAGCUAACAAUGCAAACAGAAAAAUGCCUUUCAUGUGACAGCACUGCCUAAUGUGCCUGGUAUUUGGAGAAAGUGAGAUCUUUGCCAGUUACAAUAUUAACAGCUGGACAACACAAGAUGUCAGCCAGCUCUUCAAGGGAUGCCAUCUUUAUAUACAGUAAAAAGAGUACAAGCCUUACACCAACUUCAAGACUUUGUUCAAGUUCCUCAAAAACAUGUCAUUCUUGAUUAAAGGUAAACAGUCUACCAAAGUAAAAGAUUGCUGUAGAAAAGUGUACUUUACCUCGUUUGAUUUUGGUGAUGCAAUGCCUUUCUACAGUGACUGCCAUGCAAGCUGAAACAGCAAUGCAAUAAAAUAUUCACAUGUACAGUUAGUUACACUUGACAUCUCAGUAAGAUUCUGAGCGCAUGAAGGGGAUAACUAUAUAAUAUGGUGAUGAUCAGAGAUCACAGACUAAUUACAGUCAUCAAUUGUAUCUUUAUCUCCUAUAUUAAAACCCUGGCCACUUUGCAGUGUCCAACCUUCAAUCAUUAUAUUGUCCAUAUCUCUAACAAUCCAGUGCCAUUGUUACAGCUGCUGCCUCCAGACAUUCUAGAAAGAACUAACCUGAAGGAGAAGAAAUGGAGAACAUCUGUGGGAUCACAUUGGUUGGGUUUUGGUGAAAAGAACUUUAUAAGCUGUUGUUCUGAUUCUAGCUUUGUGUAUUUUCUAAAAUAUUUCCUUAAAAAAUAAUAAUUAUAUAAAAUAGUGCCUACUGAAAAUAAAUAAAUGAGAAAUACAACUGUA